CUUCUCUGAACACACACACACAACUUGUAGGCAGCUUCUCUCUGCAUACAGGAGGAGGUCUUCUUUCUUCUUCUCUAGUGACACCCUCCUCGAGAUCUUGCCUGAACUUGCUGAGAUCUGUAAGAGCAGGCAAGAUGGUGAAGAUCUGCUGCAUCGGCGCUGGGUACGUCGGCGGCCCGACCAUGGCCGUCAUUGCCCUGAAGUGCCCGGCGAUCGAGGUGGUGGUGGUGGACAUCUCGAAGCCCCGCAUUGACGCCUGGAACAGCGAGCAGCUCCCGAUCUACGAGCCCGGGCUGGACGAGGUGGUGAAGGAGUGCAGGGGCAGGAACCUCUUCUUCAGCACGGACGUGGAGAAGCACGUCGCGGAGGCGGACAUCAUCUUCGUCUCCGUGAACACGCCGACCAAGACCCGCGGGCUCGGCGCCGGCAAGGCGGCCGACCUGACCUACUGGGAGAGCGCGGCGCGGAUGAUCGCCGACGUGUCCAAGUCGGACAAGAUCGUGGUGGAGAAGUCCACCGUCCCCGUGAAGACGGCGGAGGCCAUCGAGAAGAUCCUGACGCACAACAGCAAGGGCAUCAACUACCAGAUCCUGUCCAACCCGGAGUUCCUCGCCGAGGGCACCGCCAUCGAGGACCUGUUCAAGCCCGACAGGGUGCUCAUCGGCGGCCGGGAGACGCCGGACGGGAGGAAGGCCGUGCAGGCGCUCAAGGAGGUGUACGCGCACUGGGUCCCCGAGGACAGGAUCAUCACCACCAACCUCUGGUCGGCCGAGCUCUCCAAGCUCGCCGCCAACGCGUUCCUGGCGCAGAGGAUCUCGUCGGUGAACGCCAUCUCGGCGCUCUGCGAGGCCACCGGCGCCAACGUCUCGGAGGUGGCGUACGCCGUCGGCAAGGACUCGAGGAUCGGGCCCAAGUUCCUGAACGCCAGCGUCGGGUUCGGCGGCUCGUGCUUUCAGAAGGACAUCCUCAACCUGGUGUACAUCUGCGAGUGCAAUGGCCUCCCCGAGGUGGCCAACUACUGGAAGCAGGUGAUCAAGAUCAACGACUACCAGAAGAGCCGGUUCGUGAACCGCGUCGUGUCGUCCAUGUUCAACACCGUCUCCGGCAAGAAGAUCGCCGUGCUCGGGUUCGCCUUCAAGAAGGACACCGGCGACACCCGCGAGACGCCGGCGAUCGACGUCUGCCACGGCCUCCUCGGCGACAAGGCCCAGAUCAGCAUCUACGACCCGCAGGUGACCGAGGACCAGAUCCAGCGCGACCUCGCCAUGGGCAAGUUCGACUGGGACCACCCGAUGCACCUGCAGCCGACGAGCCCCACGGCGUUCAAGCAGGUGAGCGUCGUGUGGGACGCCUACGAGGCCACCAAGAACGCCCACGGCCUCUGCAUCCUCACCGAGUGGGACGAGUUCAAGACCCUCGACUACCAGAAGAUCUACGACAACAUGCAGAAGCCGGCCUUCGUCUUCGACGGCCGCAACGUCGUCGACCCGGACAAGCUCAGGGAGAUCGGCUUCAUCGUCUACUCCAUCGGCAAGCCGCUCGACGCCUGGCUCAAGGACAUGCCCGCCGUCGCAUAAAGAUGAUGCCAUUUCGCACCUCCGAGCUGCAGGAAUUCGACAUUGGAUGGCUGGACUCUUAUUCUUUAUAGUUCGUUUUUUUUGCAGGAGACACACACCACCACAUUUUCUCAGGCAUAAAAAAGUUGGGCAUAAGACUUGUGUUUCUGUAUUAGUACUCAUCGCUGUUGCAGUUUUUCUUUUCGUUUCAUCGUUUGCACUGUUCUACUAGAAAAACCUAUAAUCCCCCCCCCCCCCCCCCCCCCCUGUUAUGGCUCUGCUGUUUGGGAGCCAUCUGAACGAAACUUUACUUGUAUUCAGUGAACUUGUUAUAGCCGAAUUGAUUAUUCGAUUGUAUCCCCAAAU